UUUUCACCACAUUUGCUGAGAGACGCUCGGUGAAGUUCAGCCUGAAGACGCCAUGAAGACGCCUCUGCUUGUUCUCUGCGUCUUCACCUCCUGCCGGACGUCUGACGCUCGUGCCUCCUUGAAGGUCUCUCCCAGCUGGUCCCAGCAUUUCGAGUAUGAGGAGAUCUCCAUCAGCUGUGAGCAGUUGGGUCCUGGUGAUUGGACGGUGUGGGGAUACUCCACAGAGAGAAAGCAGCUGUCCCAGUGUGGGUCCAUGUGGGGCAGCCCCACCCCCUCCACCUGCCAAAUGAAGACCGUGAAGCAGUCUGACAGCGGAGUGUACUGGUGUCAAUCUGCACACAGAGACAGCAGCAACGCCGUCAACAUCACCAUCACCGACAAAGCGCUGAUCCUGCAGAGUCCUGUCCUCCCUGUGAUGGAGGGAGAGGACGUCACUCUGAGCUGUAAAACAAAGACCAACAACCCUCCCUCCAACCUCCCAGCUGCUUUCUAUACAGAUGGCACCCUCAUCGGGGCGGAGCCUACAGGUCACAUGACCCUGAAGAACGUUUCUAAGCGGAAUGAAGGAUCCUACACGUGUAGAAUCGGUCAUGAAGAGUCUCCAGCCAGCUGGCUGCUGAUGAGAGAUGACUCUGAGCCGGCGUCCCUGACGGUGUCUCCAGACUUGUCUCAGCUGUUUGAGUAUGAAAAACUGUCUCUGAGCUGCGGAGACAGCAGCUCUGAUGGGUGGAGGAUCAGCAGGUUCACCUCCGAAGGCCAAAUGUCCACCUGUGGACAGGAAUGGGGGACGCUGACGUCCUCUGUGUGUGAGCUCCAAACGGUCAAACAGCGUGAUAGCGCCAUCUACUGGUGCCAGUCUCCUACGAAGCAGCGGAGCAACUCAGUCCAGAUCUCUGUACACGACAAACCAGUGAUCCUGCAGAGUCCCGUCCUCCCAGUGAAGGAGGGACAUAACGUCACUCUGCGUUGUAAAGCAAAGACCACGUCCUCCAACCUCCCAGCUUCUUUCUAUAAAGAUGGCUCCCUCAUCAGGACUGAGUCUACAGGUCACAUGACCCUCCACCAUGUUAGCAGGCCUGAUGAAGGUCUCUACAGGUGUAACAUCAGCGGUCAUGGAGAGUCUCCACCCAGCUGGCUGUUUGUCAGAGCUCUCGAUGUCCUGGCUUCACAAUCUGCUCCGACACCGACUGUGCUGACCGUGAUACGGUACAUCAUGGUGUGCUCUCCGUACUUCAUCUCCACCAUCCUCGUGGUGUCUUUGUAUCGGCACAAACCCACAGGGAGGAGCCCACCUGUUUCCAUGACAACGUCUCCACGCAGUGAGGAAGAUGAGGGGCUGGACCGUGAUGAUGCUACGGCUGAUGUCACCACUGAGCAUCAUUUCUAAAAUGUUAUUUCUUCAGCCUUACUGCUCUGUUCUUGUCAUGUGUUGCUCUUUUUCACUUUUGUAAAAGUUUAACCAUAAAAUCUAAAAAAUGAG